GAGGCAGGCCUGAGCUGUUGGGAGAGCAUCACUGGAGCCUAACCCGAGGAGGAUGGACGAGACGCCCUGAAGCUGAAAGGACUCGGAAAGCCAGCCAGCUGGAGGAGCUGUGGCCAUCCCAGACUGGCCAAACGCGCACACUGGUCAUCUUGUUCCUCAGAUCCCUGCCAGAGAGGUUCCCUUCCUCCCAGGCAAGUGCAAAUAAUGAACUUUUGGAAGAAUUACUUUUUUGCUUUCACUCUGCUCAGCGUGGUUAUUGUAGUGAUAUUUUACACUAGCCAAUUAAGCCUGUCAAAAUGUUAUGAGAAGGGGAACAGGUCCUGGGAGAGGUCUGUUAGAAUCAAUGCCUGUAGUUACGCCUUGGAAGACAAGACAGCUUUCGUGUGGGGCAAAGCACCAUCAGCCCCCCUGGGCAGGGUCCCCUGCCAGGAGUACCUGGUCCAGAACCACUUCGUCACCAGCCCCUUGUCGCAAGAGGAAGCUGCCUUCCCCCUGGCCUACGUCAUGGUCAUCCAUAAGGACUUUGACACUUUCGAAAGGCUCUUCCGGGCCGUCUACAUGCCCCAGAACGUCUACUGCGUGCACGUGGACGAGAAAGCCUCCUCGGAGUUCAAGCUUUCCGUGUCGCGGUUACUGAGCUGCUUUCCCAACGCCUUCCUGGCUUCCAAGCUGGAGCCCGUGGUCUACGCAGGCAUCUCCAGGCUCCAGGCCGACCUGAACUGCAUGAAGGACCUGGUGGCCUCCACAGUGCCCUGGAAAUACCUCAUCAACACGUGCGGGCAAGAUUUCCCCCUCAAGACCAACCGGGAAAUCAUUCAGUACCUGAAGGGCUUUAAAGGGAAGAAUAUCACCCCGGGGGUGCUGCCCCCAGCUCAUGCCGUGGGGCGGACCCGAUACAGCCACAGGGAGUGUCGAGGCAAAGGGGGUUCUUUCGUGAAAAACACCUAUAUUCGGAAAACCUCACCUCCACAUCAGCUGACUGUCUACUUUGGCUCCGCCUACGUGGCCCUUACCAGGGAGUUUGUCAACUUUGUGUUCAGCGACAAAAGGGCCAUUGAUCUGCUCCAGUGGUCCAGGGAUACCUACAGUCCCGAUGAACAUUUCUGGGUGACGCUCAAUAGGAUUCCAGAUGUCCCUGGCUCCAUGCCCAACGCCUCGUGGACCGGGAACCUCAGGGCGGUGAAGUGGAAUGACAUGGAGGAUCAGCACGGAGGCUGUCAUGGCCACUACGUACACGGCAUCUGCAUCUACGGAAAUGGAGACCUGAAGUGGCUGAUGAAUUCGCCAAGCCUGUUUGCCAACAAGUUUGAACUCAACACAUACCCUCUCACCGUGGAAUGCCUGGAACUGAGGCUUCGCGAAAGAACCCUCAAUCAGAGCGAAACCGCAGUACAGCCCAGCUGGUACUUCUGACCCACAACAGCCCGGCAUGGAAGGGAAGUUGCAGAUGAAGCUUUUGAGCCUAGAUUGUGUGGGAGGCUUCAGGGCCUGGCUCGGUAACUGGACUUGAACUGUACGCUGAGAAGCUCUGAAAUACACUGCACGAUGGCCGAGUUGAGUUAUCCUGGCACCUUAGCCAGGCUGACAAUUUUCUUGAUAACUCUACGAGAGGAGGCUGUUGUUUUGACCGGGGUUAAAUUUAAAUGCUGUCAGAUCUUUGCACCCGGUCGUCAUAUAAACAUGUUCUAAUGCAAACGAAGAGUAGAUAAUAGUAUUUAGGAAAAUAAGAAUUUGAGUUCUUUGAAGGAAAAAAACAAAAGGAAGUCUCUUAUCACACAUUGUCAGCUCUCAACUAGGCCUGCUGAAAGAGGACCCAGGCACUGGGAGUGGCAGCUGUGCUUUCUCCUCUCCCUGCUCAACCGCAGACGGGUGUCCAGACAGCUCUUCCGGGCAACUCGUCCAUCUUGUUAAAGCUGAAGCUCCUGGAAUUGAAAAAUCGGCCCGAGUUCCAACAGUGGCGUUUCCGAUUGCCCGUGUCCGGAGUUCUGCAUGUGGUGAAAAGUCGGAACACGAGCCCAUCCACGCGUUAGACCCCACUGUCUGCUGCCCCAGCAGAAGGACCCCAGGGAAAUAGCACGUCCCCCUGCCUUUGCCGCACUGUGCCCAUUCUCCUCUGUGUCAACCUCAAAGUCCUUGCAAAAAGUGAAGGCAUCUGUGGCAGAGGUGUCGUUGCACAAAUCCAUUGUGGCGGCCGGAGCCCCUCACACUGAAUCACUCCCAGCAGCUAGAAUUCCCUACCCCCUCUCCCUAGCCCCGGUGCGACGUGACUUGUAAAACUGAGUUCUCUCCUACAAGGCUGAGAGCCACACGGCAGUGUCUCCCAAGGGACUUUACUGACCCCAGGAGUGCCUUCAUUUCUAAGCAACUGUCUGUCGGCUAUCUCCCCGCCCGCUACCAGCUGUCUAUCCAGCCACUCUUCCACCCACCCGUCAUGCACUCCUACACCCAUGCUGAGACAGGUAGCAAAACAGAACUUCCAUUUGGCAAUGACGUUAAAAUUGGAGAGCCUGGCAGGGAACGUGUUGCAGAAUCAUUGCGUUCGGCACAAUCAGGAAGUUAUAUUGUGAUUAUUUAGACACUGUAUAUGGGGAUUUCAGGCCCGGUAGCUCAGUAGUUACCAAGUGGGAUCAAAGGGGAGGGGGCAGAGGGAAGUCCCGUGGGCGCUCCUGUCUGCUCCUUUCCUGGGCACCCCACCACACUCCCGAGGGCUCGCGCACGUCAUCACCCUCGCUCUGCAGGUGAAGCUGCUGAGGCCAAGAGGGGCACGACCAUGUGGGCAAAUGAGAUCUCCACAGCGGGGACCCGGGACUCUCCCUGCUCCUCUCCGUUCAUUUCCCGAGAUGGACUGCAGAGAGGCGGGGAGUCAAGCCGUAUUUAGUGUCCCUAACGGGGCAGGUGUGAGGAGUGGGCUCAGUGUUAUUGAGAAGUCCACGUCCGGGAAAUCUGAAGUCUCCUGCAGUAUUCCUCGCAUCCGCUGGGUUGUGUAAUAUUUAUUUAUUCUCAUGAAAACCGACGACUGUAACUGAUGAGAUCCUAAAUUAAUACAUUUAUUUUUUUUCUUGUGAUUGUAUCUGUUGAAUGUUUUAAUCCUAUUUAAAAGGGAAUGGCUUUGAAGUGAAUCCUUUUCUCCAGCUACUGAAAAAGCAACAACAACAACAACAAACAAACCCAUGGGAUCGUAUUGGGCAGUGAGGGGUUGACCCGUAUGGAACACAGCCAAGGUCAAUACUGAAGUCUGCACUCUGUGUCUUUCGAACAUACAAUGUAAGUGAUAGCACAUAAGAAAAAAACACAUUACACUGGAUUUUCCCACUAGCAUGAGGGAUUUUUCUAGAAUUGAUGUUUACAUGUCCGUUGCUGGUCAUCUCACCCACGUCGUCAAGGCUUUAGUGUUGAAAGAACACAGCAUUAGGCUCACAGAUUUCUUCCAGCUCACGGGGAUGCCCUGUAACUACUGUAUCUUUGUUUUUAAUUAUGUUCUGUGUGGUUUUCUUGGAAAUAAAUUAUUUUCCAU